AGAACACCUUCCUUCCCCCUCCAGCGAGCUGAGCACCUUCCUCUUCCACCCAAUUGACCAGCUGACGGGAGUCCAGUCAACCGCUCGGCUGAGAUAUAUAUCCAUCGUCCCCCGCUCCUCUCACUGAUCACUGAAUCAUUUCUCCAUCGCCCACUUAUCCAUCAUCGCCCAAUCCCACAGUCCAUCCCGCACGCAUUUUAUCACUCAUCAACUCACAACCCACUUCACCAUGCCUGACCACAUCACCUACCGCGGCACCAACUCUCAGGGCAACAGCUACGACAACCGCGUCAGCGACUCUGGCGGCAGGGGCUACCACUACUCCAACACCAACGGCUCGUACUACUACCAGAACACGAACGGUUCCCAGUACUACAACUCGGGUAGGUGGGCGUUCUGGCCGUGCUGACGAAAGGCUCGGGCUACUCGCAGUACACGUCGCCGUCGGGUGACACUACCAAGUCGUACGGCGGAGGCAACACCGGCAGCAGUGGCAGCAGCGGCAGCAAGAAGUAGAAAGGC